AGGUGGACGUGAAGGUGCUCGCCGAGCUGCUGCCGGUCCCCGUCACUGUGAAGUCGGCCGAUGACAUGAAGAUGGAGGUGGAGGCCGGUCCCGUCAUCAGCUCCGUGGGCUUCGUCAAGGACGAGGUACACUCGGACAUCACCAUCAAGACCGAGCCCAAGGACGAGGUGAUCAUGGACAACGGGCUGCCGCUGCCGCCCCCGGAGGAGAACGAUGACCAAGUCCACGACGACAUAUUCGGCGACCAGGACCUCAGCAACGACGAAGGCAACGACGGCGAGGAGCAGGUACGGAACUGGCUCAGUCACGGUUGGGACCUUGGACCAAACGUGGAAGAGGAAAAAGUCCGCCGCUCCAAGCGCAAGUUCUUCUGCAAGCAGUGCCCCGCCCACUUCAAGCGCCCCAACCACCUCAAGAAGCACGAGCUGGUCCACAAGGCCAACAAGCCGUUCGGCUGCCCCCACUGCACGGCCAGCUUCGUGUCCGACACUCGUCUCAGCCACCACUUGCUCGUGCACUCGACCACCGCCAGCGUGUUCCGCUGCGACAAGUGCGGCGAGACGUUCCCGACGGCGACUCAGCUCAAGGCGCACAUGCCGAGGCACAUCCAGAAGUGCCCCUACUGCACGUCCGUCUUCGGCACCCUGCACGGCCUCAAGAUCCACGUGCGCACGCACAACAAGACCAUCAACAUGUUCAUGUGCUCCGAGUGCCCAGAGAGCUUCAACAGCAAGGAGGAGCUCCGUGGCCACAAGAAGGCGACCCACCCGAAGGAGCCGCCGCCGCCGCCUCCGCAGGCACAGAACGGCGACCAGGGCUACGAGUGCGAGUACUGCGACGAGAAGUUCACGUCCACCUUUGACCUGCUCGUGCACGCCAGGGACCACCAGGACAAGGACUUCCCUUGCGACGAGUGCCCCGCCCAGUUCGACACGCGCAAGGAGCGCUCCGAGCACGUGCAGCGCCACCACCCUCGCGAGAUCAAGUGCAGGAAGUGCGACCUCAUGUUCGCCUCCAAGCUCGAGAUGGAGACUCACCUGGCCACGCACGACAUCGACGACGAGCACCUGCGCUGCGAGUUCUGCCCCAAGGUGUUCGCCACCAACUACCACCUGCUGGAGCACCUGCACACCCACGCCGAGCGCUUCGAGUGCAAGCUCUGCCAGGCCGAGUUCGUGACGCGCGCCCAGCUCGAGCUGCACGAGAAGACGCACACUGAGGGCGCCUUCAAGUGCGAGGACUGCGGACAGCGCUUCGCCCAGAAGAACGCUCUCAUCGCGCACAUGAAGACCCACGACAUCCAGAAGCCCUUCCCCUGCGACGAGUGCCCCAUCCGCUUCAAGACCGAGAGCCAGCUGGACAAGCACAAGCGCAUCACCCACAAGCGCGCCUCCAACAUCAACUGCUCCGACUGCGGGGCCCCCUUCAUGAACACGUUCCAGCUGCAGGAGCACGUGCGCACGCACCACGCCAAGAAGACCAAGAACUACUGGUGCGAGGAGUGCUCCGAGUCGUUCCCCACCAAGGCGCUGCUGGAGCAGCACGUGCGCAGCCACAACGACAAGACGCUGUACCAGUGCGGCCGCUGCCCACUCAAGUUCGGCACCGCGCUGGGCCUGGAGCACCACCUGCGCGGACACAUGGGCGACGGGGCCUUCAACUGUGGCUACUGCAACCACACCUUCAUCAGCAAGGAGCACCUCGUCCGCCACAUGAAGAGCCACAAGAAGAAGUAGGAGUUUAUGGCUCGCCUCUCCUCGGACCUUUGGUGGGUCGGAGGUUAGAAAAGCCAUGGACCAAGAUUGAAAAAAGAAAUGCGAUUUUGUUUUUAAAAAUGGUUUGAAGUACUUUGUCUGCAUUGAUGGUUAAUAUUGGAUCAGAUAAAUUUUAAGAACACGAUGUGCCUUUGCUUUGAUGAAUUGACAUGAACCAGUUCAAAUUUGCUUUUAAUUUGCUUUUAUCUAGUUUUUCCCAGUAGUCUUUGCUUUACAAUUUUUCACAUGUUAGUGAGAUUAGAUUUAGUAGUUUUAGUUGAAUUUUUGAUCUUUUUUAAAAUUAAGUUUCUUAUUAUUUGUGCCAUUGGUACACAGGUGGAGGAUCCUUAUUUAUUUCAGCCGCCGAGUUGAAACUUUGACAAAGUGUUAGUUAACCUUUUCUCAUUUUUUCAUUCAAUGUUUUCAGGAGUCAACCUGUGUAUAGGUGGUACAAAUUGUAAUCUAUGAACUUUAUGGAGUGUUUGUAUGUUUUGUUUCAAGACGUUUUUUUGCCGUUGUCGUUUUAGAGCUGCAAGUCAUACAAUGGAAAUGGACUACAGAGCUUGAUGUUUAAAGUCACCUAUCUCUGAAGUGAAUUUUAAUACAGCCAUACAGUCCAGCUCUGUGGUUCAUUUCCACUGUGCAGUUUCUUUUGUUUCUGGUUUACUUUUACUAGUACUCUAUUUGGGUUGAGUUCUAUAAGAUGACGGCUGUGAGGAGACUAUAUGGAGAGGACAAAGUCCCCAUUUUUGUCAGGGUAGUGUGCUUGUCAAUUUAAGUGUGUCAUAGAUGACAUGUUAGUUCUAAAGUUUUUCUUCCUUUUGUCUUAUUACUAUAUUUUUAAGGGUAAGAAACAUUUUUCAAUGAGGCUACUUAUUGUGCAUCAGAAGUGACCAUAUGGAAUUUUAUCAAUUUGAGUGUAAGCCAUGGCAUCAACAUAAAUUGUUGUGCGUUUUCAAAAUGCUUCUGUAUUUUUUGUGGUGUUGAUGGUCAAAUCUGAUAAACUGAUAAAAAAAAUCUUUGCUUUGCAUGUGCUCUUGAUUUAGAAAUAAAAUGUUUUAGAAAUAUAA